AGAUGCAUUAGUAGAAAAAUUAGGGCUAUUAAUUGGUUAAAUGAGGCAGAGCUCGUUCGAGUUCGACCCAUCCAAAGAGUGUGAUUGGGCACAGACCGAUCGCCGCCGAUCCCAGAGCCGGUACUCAACGAUUUUUCAAUUCCACUCUCAAUCGUUCUCCGUCUGCUCGGCGGAAGAUGAGGACGACAAAAGAAUUGUGGUUAGUUUUGUUAUUAGUGGCUGGUUUGUUGGUAUCGUCAUCGAUGGGGUUUGAAUCCGAUGAGCUGCUGUUGGAUGACGAGGAGUUCGGGCUCGAAGGGGCGGCUCGAUCCCCUCGUUCCGAUGACAUCGUCGUUUCUAGUACUAGUUCUAGUAGUGGCCGAUCUAGUGGUGGCCGUGGUCGUCGGAGGUCAUCGGACCGGGAGUCGGAGUCCGAUUCGAGGGUGCAGUUCCGGCUGGAACACGCCUUUGGGGACUACGACUCUCACUUCUCCCCCGCCGGCAACUUCACUGCUCGCCUCAAGACGUGGUCUCAUGGGGGACAGACUCUCACCAAACUUCGGUUUUCAAGGGAGACAUUUACUGAAACGGAGAAGGAAAAGUUCAAGAAGCUACUGGAAGCUGACGACUUCUAUAGGAUUAGAGUUCCAUCCUACGUAUUGAGCCCUCCUGGGAGGGAUUAUAUUGUUUCAUCUGUGAAAGCAAGAUGUCUUCCACGGGAUCGCUUGGAUGAGCAUUUUGUUAUACAUAUGGAAGGUGUUAAUAUAUUGGCUGUUAAUUAUGGUUCUCCUGGAGCAUGUCCAUACCCUAGGCAAUUGAAAUUUCCUGCAAAGUGGUCCUUCAACUCGCACAGUGUCUUAAAGAACAGCGAGCAGGCACCAAGAACUCCAGCAUUUGUGGAAGAGAGUCUUCUUGGCGAUAACAAUGGAGAUAUUGAAGGUGUAAAACCACCAGAAAGGUCCUUCUGGGCAAAAUAUUGGAUGUAUUUGAUCCCUCUUGGAAUAAUUGUCAUGAACGCAAUCACCCAAGCCAUGAACAUGCCGGAGGAACAGGCUUCCGGCCAAUCAGCCUCUCAAACUCAGCAACCGACGCCAGCAGCCCAGCGCGGGCAAGGUGCCGCCUUGAGAAGAAGAUAAAAUCCUUUCCCUCCCUCCCUCCCUCCUUUUGUAUCGUCUUCUUUUUAGCCUCUAAUUCAUGACAAUGAAUUUAAGCUGGUUUUAGGGUUUUUUUCUUGAAUUUUAUUUGCUUAUUUGAAUGAGGACAAUCACAUUAUGUUGUCUCUGUUUUACACUUUAAUUAACUUUAUCACAUGAUUAGACAAUUGUUGUAUAAA